AAAACACAACCGGGUGAGGGAGCGCGUCCGCCCGGAGAGGGAAGGCCGGGUUGAGGCGCCGGCUUUCCCGGGUCUUCUCCAGCUGCGACCGCUUUGCUGCAAAGCUGACAGGCGCAAAAACAUGAGUGACUCCGCGGGAGGGCGCGCUGGUCUUCGGCGUUACCCCAAGCUCCCAGUGUGGGUGGUGGAGGAUCAUCAAGAGGUUCUACCCUUUAUAUACCGGGCCAUAGGCUCAAAGCAUCUUCCUGCCAGUAAUAUAAGUUUUUUACAUUUCGACUCACAUCCAGACCUCCUUAUUCCUGUGAAUAUGCCAGCAGACACUGUGUUUGAUAAGGAAACACUCUUCGGAGAAUUAAGUAUUGAAAAUUGGAUUAUGCCUGCGGUUUAUGCUGGCCAUUUUUCACAUGUAGUAUGGUUUCAUCCCACAUGGGCUCAGCAAAUCAGAGAGGGAAAACACCACUUUUUAGUAGGUAAAGACACUUCUACCACAACAAUCAGGGUUACAAGUACAGAUCAUUACUUCCUAAGUGAUGGUCUGUAUGUACCUGAAGACCAGCUAGAGAACCAAAAACCGUUACAAUUGGAUGUAAUUAUGGUAAAACCUUAUAAACUCUGUAACAAUCAAGAAGAAAACGAUGCAAUGUCUUCUGCUAAGAAACCAAAGCUAGACCUGGAAGAUUCGGAAAACACUGCCUCUACUAACUGUGACUCUUCUUCAGAAGGACUGGAAAAGGACACAGCGACACAGAGAAGUGACCAGACUUGCCUAGAACCAUCAUGUUCAUGUUCUUCUGAAAAUCAGGAAUGCCAGACUGCCGCCAGCAUUGGGGAGAUUCUGGAAAUUGUGAAGAAAGGGAAGGCAUUUGUUUUAGAUAUUGACUUGGAUUUUUUUUCAGUGAAGAAUCCCUUCAAAGAAAUGUUCACUCAGGAAGAGUACAAAAUCUUACAAGAGCUGUACAAAUUUAAGAAACCUGGCACCAACCUAACAGAGGAAGAUUUGGUAGAUAUUGUUGAUACUCGAAUUCAUCAGUUAGAGGAUUUAGAAGCCACUUUUGCCGAUUUGUGUGAUGGUGAUGAUGAAGAAACUGUACAGAGAUGGGCUUCAAACCCUGGAAUGGAAUCACUAGUUCCCCUUGUACAGAGUUUGAAAAAACGGAUGGAAGUACCAGACUAUGAAAUGGUUCACCAGGCUGGUUUAACCUGCGAUUAUUCAGAACUUCCUCACCAUAUCAGCACAGAACAAGAAAUAGAGUAUCUUAUUCAAUCUGUGCAUUAUUUACUGAAAAAUUUACCAAAUCCUACUCUUGUGACAAUUGCAAGGUCAAGCCUGGAUGAUUACUGUCCUUCUGACCAAGUUGACAGCAUUCAAGAAAAGGUCCUCAAUAUGCUACGUGCCCUCUAUGGAAAUCUAGACCUCCAAGUGUAUGCAGCAGAGUCUUCUCCAUCUUGAAACAAACAUUAGGCUCCUGUUGUAGCUUGGUUUAGUAACAGGCCUUUAAUUAAUUUAUUUGUAAAUGAGUCUUCCAGAGAACACUUUUUAUAUUAACUUUCAAUUGAAAUCUUUCAGAUAUUUUGAAUCUCUAAACAACUAUUGUCAGUUGUGGAAUGAUGGUAAAUUUUUUGGCAUCAAAUCUAAUAACCCCAACUGAUAGAACUGUUGCUUAUCUGUCUUCCUUAAGUAUUUUUUUAGGGUUUUUGUUUUUUCCACUUUCUCCCCAGGUCUAUUGGACUGUAUGAGAUUCAUUCAUACUUCAUUUAUUCAUUGAACUAAUAUUUAUUGAGCACUUACAUGUACCAGACAUUAUUAAGUGCUGGGGUAUAUGGUAAUGAACAGAAUAGACAAGGCCCCUGCCCUUUCAGGGGAGACAGAUGAGAAAUAAAUUAUGGGUUAUGAGAAAUGUUAUGAAGGAAUGGACAACAACAGGCAUGUCUUAGUACUUAAGACACCCUGGCCUUAUAGGAAAGUAACAUUCUCUUUUUUUUUUUUUAAUUUUAUAAAAUUAGAGAUGGGGUCUCACCAUGUUACCCAGGCUGCUCUCGAACUCCUGGGCGCAAGCAAUCCACCUGCCUUUGCCUCCCAAAGUGCUGGGAUUACAGGUGUGAGCCACUGCCCCAGCCAGAAACUAACAUUCUCAAAAACUGCUAUGGGAAAAAAACCACAAAUUUGCCAAUCCGUGAAAUUAUCACAGGAAGUCUACCUUUCCAAGGAAUUUGGCAUUGUGGUCCUGCUCUUGCCAAAUGCUCUCCAGCAUUGUUGGUAUCAAGGUGGUCUGGUUGAGUAAACUUGACCAAACAAAAAUUAACUGUUUUUUGCUUUUCUGAUUUUGUUUUUGUUUUUGUUUUGCUAAUCAAAAAAGUCCUUCAGGGUCUUUUGUGCCUCCAGGCGGUUGUUGUAGAUCAAUAAUACAGUCCCUGAGUGCCACUUUAUUGGCAAGUCUGGAUUGAUACUUUUUUCAGAUAAACCAGCUUUUUAUGUAAAUAGUAAGGGAAAAAGUUAAAUCUUUAAUUCUGACCUGCCAUAAAUACCCAAAGAUAUAAACUGUCUUCCACCACCCGCUUCAUGACUGAGACAUCCUUCCUGAGUCACUCUUGUCAUGAAACUGGAUUUUCUCAAUUUGCCAGUCUUCUGAUCUUUAGUAUCUCUUUAGUUCAGUAAUUUUUACCUACCUACUUGAUUUAUUUUCCUUUAAAAGGUGAAAUGACAUUUAAAGAAAAACACCCAUCAUUCCUCAGUCCCAACACAGCAGUUCUUUUCACCCUCGCAUGUAACUUUCAGGCCACAUGUGUUCCUAUAGAGUUGCAUGUAGCUAAAAUUAUAGUGUGCUGCCUGACUUUGUGCUAAUAACCAAGGACACACAUUAUCAUUGCCUCUCAGUGGAUGGCACCUGACCCCAUUUUUCCAAGGAUUCUAUUUUCCAGUGAAUUUUUUGUCACCGAGUUAAUUUCCCAAGUGUGAUAGCAUGAAUGCUUAUUUAUGUUGUGAAAAGCAGAGCAGCCUGACUUAGCUUUCCAUUUUGAUAGAACAGCAUGUGCCAAAAAAAAGGUUUAUUUUCUUGGUAAAAUCAGAAUCGUAGAAUUGUGCUAUUUUUAAUUUUUAAAAAUUUUGGUUAGAGUGUAUAGACAUUACUUUUAUGGUUACUUUGCGUGCUAAAUAAGUUAAAGGGUAUGUUUUGAACUAUAGCACUAAUUAAUGCGUGUUAUCUCAGUAUGUCGAUGGCUUUGAUUUUGUGAGUGGUUAACUAUUCAUUUAUUAUGAUUCCCAUGAACUCUGAUAUGAUUCAUUGUGGUUUUAACUCAAGUUGAAUAAAAGCAUCCGUUUCUUUUAUAGGAAUGUUUAAUUCUCAUGUUCUGUGAUCAUCUCUUUGAGAAUAAAAUUCGGUCCCUAAUAGUUGAA